ACGAAAAGUGUACGAGAGCUAUGUAGUGAUUAAUAAUCAACCGUAUACUAACGGUUAGUGACUAACCUCAGUAUGAUUAAUUAUUCGUUGACAACAACCGUCAUAAAUGUAAAUAUUUAUUACUAAUGUAAAACGUGUAUUGGUUCAAUAGUCAACUUCUGUUUUCGAUGUAAAAUAUUCGAAUAUUUUCAGUCAAAUAGAUUUUGAGUACUAAGGGUUUCCAACAAUAAGUUUUUCAAGUGCGUAUAUAUUACACUAUACUCAUUUAUAUGUGCAAUUAAAAAAGUUUAGCCACAAGUUGAUGAUCCCUCUGUAUUUUUUACUUUUAAACGAAAUUCUAGUCUGGGGCAUAAUAGGUCAUAAUAUUGUAGGUGUAUUAUUGAUAUUAUUAAUAAAAGCGUCAACUUACUACAAUGGAUUUGACUAAAACUGUGAUUACAAAAAAAUUUAUAGAAAUAAUGAAUAGACUAUAUGGUGAUGUGAGUUUUGAGUUGACUCCAAGUAUUAUAGGAGGUCUAAUUAUCGGUGCAUGUACUAUGAUCGGUGGAUUUAUGGGUGGCCGUUUUGGAUUGUUAAUCGGAGGAAGUAUUGGAAGUACCGUUAAUUCAUAUUUUGGACCUAAAAUUAUAACUCUGCAGCAAAUGUUACUACAGUUAGACAUAAACCAACUCAAAUAUUUAUAUAUUUUGUUAAGUGAAGAAAUUAAAAAAAUUGUAGUUAAUGUGCUAGGUUGUGUAUUCAAAGGAAAUAUACAAUUAACAAAUCUUUUAGAAUUGUUUGGUGGUAAUUCUACAGUUCGAUCAAAUGUUAUUGAAAUCAUAUCGAAUUUUUUUAAAGGUAUUUACAGUAAGCGUCUUCAUUUAAUUGCAACAUAGGUGGCCAUUAUGUAUACAUUUAUAAUCCCUAAUUUUAGUAUUUUAUUUAACUAUAUUUUACUAAUGAAUAUACAUGCUUACAAAUAUUUGUACAACUAGAUUUAAAUAAUAAUUUUAUUUUUUUUUUACGAAAGAUAAAGUGGAAUUUUACUAGAGAAUAAUUAUAAUUAUAACUAGGGCUCGGGACUUAUAGC